AUGUCAAAGGCGGCGGACAAAGUCUUCGACACAUUGCCUCGGUCCAUCAAACGUAUGACGUUCUUCGAGGGGCUCAGUGGCCCUGACGCAGAUAUCGACGCCGAUCUUCGAAAUCGGAGAUUCUACGAGAAUAGCGCUCUCGACAUGGAAGACGCCGACCAGACCGCCCCUACUGACAUCCUCCAGCAUCGCCGUCCCUCCCAAGCCUCCCGCGCUUCCCGGCGGCGCCACUCCUCCGCGCUCCGCAAUGUCGCUUUCCACGAAAAGCGAGCGCCCCAUGAGCGGACCCUCGUCCAUCCCCUCCCACGGAACCGCCUCAACUCGAUCGUCACUCGCGGGCUCGACACGGCGCAGAGCCUCGCGAGCCCGCUCGCGCAGGUCUUCCAGCCGCUCAUCAUGGAUCAGGAGAACGAGACGGAGCAGCCUGCGCAGGAUGGUGGUGCGCUGGUGAGCUAUGGGCCUGCGUCAAGGCGCAGGUUGUCGUCCAUGCAGAGGAGGCCGACAGCAAUGGGGCAAAUGGGACACACGGACCCAUUCGGGGGUGUUCUAUUCUCUGGCCACGCUGGUGCGGGGCAGGGAUUGGGCGCGAGGAAGUCCACUGACGUUGUCGUCGAGCCCGGAGACGAGAGACGUACGGAGUUCGGGGAUAGGGACAGAGAUGCGAGGUCCGUGCACGGGCAAAGUCACUCACAUGAGCCGCUGGAGACGGCGGAGGAGGAACAGGAGGAAAGCAGAAUGCCUAUGGACAGGAGGCUGGAUGGUAUUGAGCGGAGGCAGCAGCGGAUCGAAGAGCUCUUGGAGCGAUUAGUCUCUAAGUCAGAGUAG